AUGAAGUUGCUCAAAGCACAUCUUCCAUCUCUAUGCUCAUUCAUAUCAUUGUUCUUGAUUUUGGUUUCCCAAACAUCUUUUUCCAUUGAAACUUCUAAUCUCGUUCAAGUCAGACGAUACCUUAUCAAGUAUGGUUACCUGAAUUCCGUCUCAAGUGCCUACCAAUUACGAGAAAAACUCGAUGAUGACUUAGCACAAGCCAUAAAGAAAUAUCAAUCAUUCAGCCACCUUGAUUCAUCGGGUAUCUUAGAUGAACGGACGUUGGCUCAAAUGGCGAUGCCUCGAUGCGACAUGCCCGAUUUCGUCAAAGGCACCCCUGUUCCUCAUGGUAUGAAGCAAGUCAUAUUAAGAUCCAACAGCUCGUACUACACUUUCACGGCCUCAAAGUGGUCCAAGUUCAACCUAACUUGGGCUCUCGAACCUGGAACACGAGCGGAUGCCAUGAGACCGAUCAAAGUUGCGUUUGACAGGUGGAUGUCCGUCUCAAAGUUCAAUUUCUUAGAGAGUCCAGUGUUCAAUAACUCCGACUUACAGAUUAGUUUCGUCAAAAUCGGGGAUGGGUCGGGGGGCACUCUGGCCAACGCUGGAGGGCCGCCAAGUGGGAAGUUGCAUUUCGAUGUGGAUGAGAAGUGGGUGGAUGGGGUGGUGGCGGGGGCCUUUGAUAUUGGGACGCUUGGGUUGCAUGAAAUAGGACAUUUGCUUGGACUUGCCCAUAGCGAUGUUAAAUCUGCCAUUAUGUGGCCAUAUUUUUCAAGGGGUGUGACCAAAGAUUUGGAUCCUGAUGAUAUUGCUGGAAUCAGGGCUUUGUAUCCAUAA